UGCUACCUUUGUAUUUUCUCUUUUCCCUUUUAGCAUUAUGGACAUUUUGCCAAGUCAAUUUACUUCCUUGUGGCUAUGUGGUCUCUGGGAAGACAAUGUUAAAUCAUCAUUAGAGAGAAAAUUUUACAGAUUUAUAGUUUUAUUAUUGAUUCAUUGUUUCACAUUGUCAGAAAUAAUACAAUUUUUUCGAACAUGUGAAAGUUUAGAGCAUUUUGUUGAAAUUUAUCCUUCGCUUACAUUUAUUAUUUUUUGUUGGAAGGUUGUGAAUUUUAUUAUUAAAAAAAAUGAUAUGAGAGAAAUUUUAAAUGAAUUUCGUCAUCAUUUAUUUAAACCAUCAACAAUUGAGGAGAAUUUAAUUGUUGAUAAAUAUUAUCGUAAAUCGCAAAAAAUUUUUAAAUUUAUCAUAACAAUUUUUACAUUAUGUGGAAUUUCAAUAGCAUUAACACCACUAUUGAAAUGGAAGGAGAAAAUAAUGCUUCCAUUCAAUCUUUAUUAUCCAUUUGAUGUUUCAUCGCCAAUUAUUUUUACGACAACUUAUGCUUUUGAAUCAUUAUUGAAUUCUUUUUCAAUUAUUAUAAAUGUAACAUUAGACACAACAGUUUAUGGAUUUAUGUUGAUAACAAUAGGACAAUUUGAAUUAUGUGCAUGUAGAUUAGAAAAUUCUUCUGUCAAUGAAACUAAUGGGAUUUCUUUGGAUAAAAUAAAAGAAUAUGUGAAUCAUCAUGUUCUAGUUUUGAAAAUUGUUAAACAAAUUGAAUCAUUUUUUAUGGUUGCGGUUUUACCAUUUUUUCUCAUUAGUCUUUUGACCUUUUGUACGAUAAUUUUUCAAAUAGCACAGCAAAAAAGCUUAUUGGAUGGGAACUUGUUUCAAUAUAUUAUGUUAAUACAAUAUGUUACAUGUGUGCUGUCGCAAAUAUUUUUAUAUUGUUGGUACGGUUGUCUCAUUGAUGAAAAGAGUAAAGAUGUUUCGUCGGCUGUUUACAGUAGUAAUUGGGUACAAUCGAAUUAUUCUAAUAGGAGAAAUUUGUUAUUAAUGUUACUAAUUGCUGAAAGAGGAUCCUCUAUUUCUUUCCAAAGUUUGUGUACACUUAAUCUUCAGACAUUUGGAUGGGUAAUAAAAACUUCUUAUGCUGCUGUAAACUUAUUAAACAAAGUUGAUAUUUCCUAAUAGGAGAUCGGAACAAUUUAAAAAAAAAAAAAUAAAUAUUGUAUAUGAAAUCUUUUGAAAAAAAAAAAUUAAAUAUUUCCUUUAAAACCUUUUAAGAAACUAAUUAAAACAAUUAAAACGAUUAUAUAUCAUUAUUAUCAUAUAAUGCUUUUAAAUGGAAAUUAAUUUGCUUAUAGAGCGUUGUAUAGAGAAUUUUUGAAUUUAUUAUAACAAAAUGUUGAUGAGCUUUA